AUGAAUAAUGAUAAUAACCACCCUUACAAAAAAAUUUUUGAUAAUGAAGGAAAAGACGAAAUUUCUGAAAUAGAAUAUGGAACUGGCGAUGAUGUUGGAACGUCACAAAACAAAUUGGCUCAAAAUAAACUGAGAGGAUGGUUAAAGCGUGAAGAAACUAAUAACAAUGAAAAUGAGAAACCAAAGGAAAUUGAUGGAAUUGGGCGUAAUAUUAAUAUAGUUAUCGCGGUUGGAUAUUUUGAUCCCGGAAAUUGGGCGACCGAUUUAGCAGGUGGUUCCAAUUUUGGAUAUUCGCCUCUUUUCAUUAUUUUAUUAUCAAACUUUUUUGCAAUGUUGUUACAAAGUUUAGCUAUUAAAUUAGGCACUGUCACAGGAAUGGAUCUUGCUCAAGCAUGUAGAGCCUUUGUUCCAAUAUAUUUGAGAUACUUUUUAUACAUAUUGUGUGAACUUGCAAUCAUCGCAACUGAUUUGGCUGAGGUCAUAGGCAGUGCCAUUGCUUUAAACAUUCUUUUCAAUAUUCCUUUACCUUUGGGUGUUGCAAUAACCGCGUGUGACGUUAUGAUCGUCUUGCUAAUCUAUCGUGACGACUUGAAAUCUUCUCGAAUUUUAGAAUCUCUUGUGAUGGUAUUAGUUAGCGUAAUUGGUGCUUGCUUCAUCGUGGAAUUAUUUCUUUCUAAACCGGUUGCAAGCCGUGUAUUCUCGGGUUUUUUACCUAACUCCGAAUUAUUCACUGUUUCUAAAGAGUUAUUCAUUUCUGUUGGAAUAAUUGGUGCGACUGUUAUGCCACAUAAUCUAUAUUUACAUUCACAUUUAAUCAAAGUUAGAAAAUACCGAGAAGAAUCGAACGUAUUGAAUGAUAUAGAUAAUAGCUUAGAAGCUAACCAAGUAGAAUCUGAUCAAAUGAUACAUUCUGUCAAGAUGAUGAUUAAAAAAAUAACUUACGGAACUAUAAAAUUAUCUUCUCUAGACUCUUCUGUAGCAUUAACUUUUGCUCUAUUUAUAAAUUCUGCAAUAUUAAUUGUUGCUGCGACAAAUUUUUAUUACAAUAAUGAUAGUACAUCAGCAAGGGUAGCUGGUUUAUUCGAUGCUUAUAAUCUAUUAACAAAGUAUCUAGGAGGAUCUGCAGGUGUUAUAUUCGCCUUGGCAUUAUUAAUAUCGGGACAAUCUGCGACCCUCGCUGCAACCAUAGCGGGACAAGUUGUUAUGGAAGGAUUUCUUGGUUGGAGAAUACCUUCUUGGAUACGACGACUAAUCACACGAGCUGUCGCUAUUACUCCUGCAAUGUUAAUUGCAAUUAUAUAUGGGCAAAAUGGAUUAACGGAUUUAUUAGUUGCUAGUCAAGUAGCAUUGUGUGUUCAGUUACCAUUCGCUAUUAUACCCUUAGUUUAUUUUACUAGCGUUAAAAAAUUCAUGACUGUUGAUAUUAGAAAUGCUUUUAGUCCUAAGAGUGAAAGGGAUGAAGAAAAUGAGGAAGGGAGGAUUGUGUUGUUGACUCCUUUAAUGCCUACUGAAUCUAAUAAAUUAACGCAUAUUCCGGUGGAUGAGAAAUAUUUACUGGAUUUUACUAACCCG